AUGACUCUCACGUUGGAAUCAUUACCGAAUGAAGUAUGGUUGAUUAUUUUCAGUUAUUUACCUUCACGGCAUACUUGGCGAGCUUUUUUCGGUAUUAACAGACGACUGAAUCGACUAUUGACUUCGAAUCUAAUUCAUCAUACGAUUGAUUCGAAAGACAUGUCCUAUGCUGAAAUAGUUCAACUACUUGAAAAUCAUGAUGAGAAUUUACAUGUUCAUCAGUGGCAAACAGAAUUUAUUUCUCAUGCGCAUGCAAUUUGUCUUGAGAAUGAUUUUGACUAUGAAAUAUUGAUUAAUCGAUGGAUUGCAAGAAAAGCAAAUUGGAAAUUACCACUUUUACGAACAAUUUACAUUUUACCAGAAGCUUUAAACAAGAUUGGUGAUUUACUUUGUGAUCAGAAGUUUGUACAGAUUGUUCAAACACAACUUCAGUAUCUUUAUCUUGUUUUUGAUCAAGCAGAUUCUACAUAUGA